CAGCGGCAACCGACCGACGGAACGAAGCAGCCGGUCGCGGUGCCGAUGGACAAGCGCGGCAGCUUCGGGGGGACCUCGUCCGACGACGUGGAGGCGCCGCUGCUCCCGCCGCCCGCGCGCGACGACGGGGCACAGGAGUUGCGGUUGCCGCCGUCCUGGGUGCGCGCGCUGCUCGCGCACAGGUAUCCGGCCGUGGCGGCUGGCCCCGCGGCAGCAGCGGCCGUGUGCGCGCUCGUGGACCUCGCCGUCGGCGGGGGCGCCCACGCCCACCACCACCGAGAGGCGCGCAACAUGCUCGCAGUGCUCGCCUGGGUCUUCCUCUGGUGGGUCACGGGCGCCGUGCCGCUGGCCGUCGCCUCCAUGGCGCCGCUCUUCCUCUUCCCGCUGUUCGGCGUCUCCUCCGCGGACGCCGUCGCCAAGGCCUACAUGGACGACGUCAUCUCGCUCGUCCUCGGCAGCUUCAUACUCGCUCUCGCCAUCGAACACUACCAAAUCCACCGCCGCCUCGCUCUCAACAUCACGUCGCUCUUCUGCGGGGACCCGGUGCGGCCGCCGCUGUUGCUGCUGGGCAUCACCGGCACCACUUUCUUCGUCAGCAUGUGGAUCCACAACACGGCGUGCACGGUCAUGAUGAUGCCCGUGGCGACGGGGAUCCUGCAGAGGCUGCCGCGCGGGGGCGCCGGGGCCGGGACCGGGGCGCACGACGAGGUCCGCCGCUUCUCCAAGGCCGUGGUGCUCGGCGUCGUGUACGCGUCGGCCAUCGGCGGGAUGGCCACGCUGGCGGGCACCGGCGUCAACAUCAUCCUCGUCGGUAUGUGGUCCACCUACUUCCCGGAGCAGGAGCCCAUCACCUUUAGCUCCUGGAUGUCCUUCGGCCUCCCCAUGGCGCUCAUCCUCUUCUUGGCACUCUGGAUCACACUCUGCCUCAUGUUCUGCUCCAACAACACGGGAAAGGCACUCUCCGGUUACCUGGACAGAAGCCAUCUCAGAAGAGAGCUCAGCUUGUUAGGUCCAAUGGUAUUUGCAGAGAAGAUGGUCUUGGCAGUGUUUGGGGGUCUAAUUGUGCUAUGGAUGACUAGGAACCUUACAGCUGACAUACCAGGGUGGGGGGCUCUCUUCCACAACAAUGUCGGAGACGGAACAGUCACCAUCAUGAUGGCCACGCUACUCUUCAUAAUUCCAAGCCGGAAGAACAAGGGCGAGAAACUGAUGGACUGGGACAAGUGUAGGAAGCUCCAGUGGGACAUUAUCCUCCUCCUGGGGGCAGGAUUCGCCAUCGCUGAAGGCUUCAGGUCAAGCGGCCUGACCGACAUCCUCUCUGACGGGCUCCGGUUCCUGAAGGGCGCAGAGACGGUGGUCAUUGUACCUGUGGCCUGCAUCGUCAGCGGUGUCGUCACAGAGUUCACGUCGGACGACGCGACCACGACGCUGCUGCUCCCUCUGUUUGCUGAAUUGGCCAAGGCGAUCGAUGUGCACCCAGCGCUGCUCAUGGUUUCUGGAGCAGUUGGGGCUCAGCUUUCGUACUUGUUACCUACUGGAUCACCGUCAAACGUAAUUGGGUUCAGCACUGGCCACAUUACCAUCAAGGAUCUCGUCACCACAGGGCUUCCCCUGAAACUUGUCGGAAUCGCGGCUCUGACAGUCUUGAUGCCAACUCUAGGAUCACAGGUUUUUGGCACAAACAGCAAGUUCUAGGAGCGGAAUGCAUAUUGGACGGUUCAUUCCUCCAAGCCCACGUUCUAGGAGCGGAAUGCAUAUUUUGGACCGUUCAUUCCUCGAAGCCCAGUUGUAUAUAUGUACAGUACUUUCCCUUAUCUUGUAUCUACGGCCUAGUCAAGGUUAGUGGGAGGGUAAGGGUAUACUCUUUGAUCUGUACAAGGUCAAACAUUGAGGAUUGUAUGCAAUGCUCCAAUCUGUGUGAAAAUAGCUACAGGAGUGCUCCUUGAGAGCGAAAUGAAGUCAAAGGGAGAGCAAUUUAAAA